GCGAUGGCGAGUCGAGUCACCCUUACUGACUCGCUCGCUACCUAUCCGUCGCCGCUGCGAAGCCGGCCCGGGAAUAUUGUGUAUAUAAAGGACUUGCACAAUAGACGAGAUAUCCUUCAUCGCCCAUCAUGACCGCAUCAGCGAAACCCACCUUCUCUAUUCGCGCCGCAGAGCCCAAGGAUAUCGAUGUUAUCCUGCAAAUGAUCAUCGAACUGGCUGUCUAUGAGAAGGAACCCGACGCUGUCAAAGCUACCCCUGAGUUGCUCAGGAAGAACCUCUUCGAAGACAAGUACGCCAACGCCAUCUUGGCCUUCUCCGAGGAAGGCCAGCCGAUAGGCCUCGCGCUCUACUUCUUCAACUUCUCGACGUGGACUGGGCGUCCUGGCUUAUACCUCGAGGACUUGUACGUGAAGCCCGAGUUCCGCGGGUCUGGCGCGGGCAAGGCUCUCUUCGGCCGCCUGGGCAAGAUCGCGCAGGAGAAGGGCUGCCCACGACUCGAUUGGUCCGUGCUGAAGUGGAACCAACCCUCGAUCGACUUCUACGAGAAGGUCCUGCACGCGAAGCCGAUGUCGGAGUGGCUGGGGAUGCGGUUGGAAGUGGAUGGGAUUGAGGCGCUGAAGAAGUUCGAUACUAGUGUAUGAGUGGGAUGUACAUUGUAGCAGAUGCAAUAGCGUGUUAUGGAAUGAUAAAUAAUGAAGGACGUGUGCCACAAUACAAUCAGUCGUACUAGCCGGCCCACGUCCACAUCAAAACUACUGCUGUUUCUCUCGAUAGAAGAGGCUCAGACUGACU